GCGGGGCCGGCCAGGUGACGGUUUGGAGGGACGGGGCGGCACAGUCGGCGGGGUCAGUUUGUCUCUGUGGAGGGAACUUUGUACCGUUGUCGUGUUAAAUACCGACGUGACGUUUCACCAUUUCAAGAGAGAAAGAAAACCAAGCUCUUUAUAGAAGCAAUAUUCAAAACUGUUGGCCAUGGUAACGCUCGUCCAAACUUUCACAGACCAUACUGAUGAUGUUAACUGUUGUGCUUUCUCUUCCACUUACCUGGCUUCCUGUUCACUGGAUAGAACAAUACGCCUUUAUUUAUUGAAGGAUUUCUCAGAGCUCUCUUUCUCACCACUAAAAGGUCAUAGUUAUGGUGUACAUUCAUGUUGCUUUAGUUCCUGUGGGAAGUUUCUAGCUUCCAGUUCAACUGAUGGGAACACUGUGCUGUGGAAUCCCAGUUCGGGGGAAAAGUUGGCAACGUUGAAACAGCCGAGUGAAAGUCCAGUAAGGGUUUGCAAAUUCUCUGAUAAUUCCAAUUAUUUGAUAUCUGGUGCAGCUGAUGGUACUGUGGCAUUAUGGGAUGUUCACAGGAAGAAACUUCGCAGGACAAGUGCUGUUGAGGAUGGAUCGAUAAUUGCUUGUGAUUUUUCUCCUGGUGGAAACUACUUUGUAACUGGUUCAACAUCUGGGGAGCUGACUGUCUGGGAUUGCCAAAUGAAGUGCCUUCUAAAUAUGAAAACAGCUCAUGACUUGGGAGUCACCUGUUGUGUAUUUUCACCUCAGCCAAUCAAUGGUGACAUGAAUAAUUCAGGAUCAAAUUGCUUUCUGAUGGCUUCUUGUGGUCAGGACAACAAAAUUAAUUUCUGGAUUAUGUCUUGUCAAGAGCCAGCAGGCUGUGACCUUAGAAUGAAAUGUUCAUUAAACCGGCACACAGCUCCUGUUUUGUCAUGUUGUUUUUCACCAGAUGGGCAGAUCUUAGUCUCUGGGUCUGUUGACAAAUCUGUAAUCAUUUGGAAUUCGAGCAGUGGAGCACCGCUUUACACACUGACACAGCAUGAACGGUAUGUAAUUAACAGGUAUGUGACAACUUGUGCAUUUGCACAUGAUCUUCCCCUAAUUGCAACUGGCUCUAUGGAUAAAACUGUGCAUAUUUGGAAAAUGGGAUUUAAGGACAUUUCUGAUAUUGAAUCAUCGGGGAGACUUAGACGUUCUGUUCAGCACUGGUCAGAAGAUGAGGUCUGUUCGUGGCUUUCAGGAGAAGAGCUUCAGGAUUUAAUAGCUGUUUUCAAAUCUAACAACAUUGAUGGUCAGGAAUUAUUGAGUCUUACUAAAGAAAACCUUCAGAAUGAUUUGAAAGUUGGGUCACUUGGACUGCGUAACAAAGCAAUGCGAAAAAUUGAAGAACUAAAAGCCAAAAUGGAACUCAUUUGUGUGGAGGUACCAGACGAAUUCCUCUGUCCAAUAUCAAGGGAGAUCAUGACUGAUCCAGUGAUUGCUUCAGAUGGCUACUCUUAUGAGAGAGAAGCAAUUGAGAGCUGGAUUAAUACUAAAAAACGUACAAGUCCUAUGACAAAUAAGCCAUUGGAAACAUCUUUAAUAACACCCAACAGAACACUUAAAAUGGCUAUUGACCGCUGGAUAGAAGCCCGACAAAUACUACGAAUGCCAGCAAACCAAGGAUGCGAUUAAAUCUUGGGCAGAGACCAUCAUUCAAAACCAGCAGCAGAAGGACAUUGUCUUCUAGAGAUUAGGAAAGAGCUAAAUGCAAACAAAUGAGGGAACAACCAAAGCAAUGUUAUAGAACCUUGGAAAGGACUUGUAAAGUGGCUACAUGGAUAAAGAGAAGAAAAUGCAGAAACAUACGAAACAGGUGCUUGGAGAAAACAGAAAAGCAAAACAAAAUGAUAAAAAUCGCAAAUUGCUAAACCAAAACCCAUAAGGCUGUUAUGAAGGAAAGCCCUGAAAAAGAAAUUAAAAAAGGUCAAUAGGUAAGAGGAGUAGAACAAGUGAGCAUUAAUUCAAGCUAAUAAAAGGCAAACUUCAGGAUUCUGAGAAAUUAUUUACAUCCAGAUCAACAUAUGGACUAGAUUUUCCAAUAACACUACAGAGUUAAAACUCUGGAAACCUAACAAAUAAUUUAGAGAAUUCAGGUCCUUCUUGGAGGAUAGCUUGAAAUGUGCUAAGUAUUUACAGAUUAGGCAGGCAAGCUAUCGUAUAAAAUGGGUUGUACAAAUUUGGUUAUCCAACAUCUGUAGUUUAAUAUACUAUGUAACUAUUAAUGCUUUACUUGUACAGUUAUGGUGAAUUUUUUACUUGAAAUAUAAAAUAAAGCUGGAAAACUAAA